AUGUUGACGCUCAAAAGAGUUCCGGCAGCGGUGGCGACUGUUGGCAUCGGUUACGGCAUCGUCAAGUACAAGCAGACGCAAGCUGUUCUGCAACAGGCUCAAUCACAACAGGCAGAGAGCUCGCGCCAAGCUGAGGCAGAUAUCAUGAUGGCUGCGUACGGUGACCGUUCCAGCCUGGCAGAGCUUGAGGCGGCUAUGAAAGCAUAUGAAGAACAGCGACCACAGCGCUGA